AUGUUCUUCAAGACCUCCAUUACCGUUGCUACUGCGGCUCUUCUCGGCGCUGCCGUCGCCAUCCCCUCUUCUCCCUUUGCAAGCGAAAACGCCGUCUCCGCCAUCAGCAAGCGCGGCCUCGACUGCAACAACCCCGUCUGGGGCCUGUCCCGCGAGGACUGCCAGCACAUGUCCAACAUCGGCUUUGGGCUCCAUGGGCAAGAACCACCGGGGCAACAACGGCGCCAUCUGGAUCGGCUCCGAUGGCCCCACGAGCUUUUUUCCUGUACCAACCGCGCCUCCGAGGGCGGCCCGGCGACCAUCAUCUCGAGCUUCGUCAACGUGCGCCAGCCGUACGUCACCCGGUCGCUGCCCAACGUCGGCGACAGCGGUCACCGUGUCCAUGGCGCAGGGCAUCUCCGGCGCGUUCGCCGCGCUCAAACCACCCGCGCCACCCUCUUGAAGGACGGGCAGGUGUUUAAUGCCUGGGGGCGAGUGGUCGACGGGCCCGCACGCGAGACGGCGGAACGUCUCGCGGGAGCCCAACAUGGGCGGCAACAGAAUGGAGAUGUCGACGUCGGGAGGGUGCCGAGCCAGCGUGGACAGGACUGCGAGGCUGGCUCGCAGGCGGGAAACCCUCACAUUGGUUAUGAUGAGAAGGGCGACCCGACAGAUGGCUGCGGCGGCUACGAGAACGGAGGCAGACUUAAUGUGGAAUUUCACAACUGA